AUGCAGAAGGAAGUUCCAAAUCAGAAUUGCAUAAAGAAGUUGGAGGAGGCAGUGAAGCACAUGCUUAAUGACGAAGGUAUGGAUCCAUUGGACAUGCUUGAAUUAAUUGAUGAAAUUCAACGUCUAGGCAUGGGAUAUCGUUUCAGAAAGAGUACAAAAUGUGCCCUUGAUAGAAUUAUAUGUUCAGAAAAAGUGAUGAAGAAAAUGGAUCAUAGUAUGCAUACUUGUGCUCUCUACUUCACCCUCCUCAAACAACAUGGGUGCGAGGUUUCUGCAGAUAUUUUCCAGAAUUUCAAGGACCAUAAUGGCAACUUUAGAGGAAACCUGGUCCAGGACGUCCCAGGAAUGUUAAGGUUGUAUGAAGCUUCAUAUGUUGCAUAUAAUGGGGAGAAUAUAUUAGAUGAGGCCAGAGAAUUCACAACUAUAAACCUCAAAGAAAUGCUGGGAAAAAUUGACAUGAAAAUGUGUACACGAGUGAGCCAUGCCUUGGAAAUUCCAUUCCAGCGCAGAAUGCAGAGGCUGGAAACCAGGUGGAAUAUUGAAUCAUACGCGAAAAAAGACGGAGCAAAUAGACUUCUACAUACACUAGCAAUAUUGGAUUUUAACAUGGUCCAGUCCAUGCUCCAAAGAGAUCUCCAACAAGUCUCAUGUUGGUGGAAGGAUGUGGGCUUAGCAAAUAAGUUGUACUUCGCAAGAGACAGGCUGAUGGAAAGCUUCUUUUGGUCAGUUGGAAUGGUAUUUGAACCACAAUUCAGUGAAUGCCGAAAAGGUUUAACCAAAGUGGUUAAACUAAUCACUAUAAUAGAUGAUGUUUACGAUGUUUAUGGAUCCCUUGAAGAACUCGAACAAUUUACAGAUGCUGUUGAGAGAUGGGAUAUCAAUGCUUUGCAGCAUCUUCCUGACUACAUGAAGAUAUGCUUUUUUGCUCUUUAUAAUACUGUUAAUAGCAUGGCAUAUGAUGUUCUUAAGGAACAAGGUCAGAUCAUCCUUCCUCAGCUCAAAAAAGUGUGGGCAGAUUUAUGCAAAGCGUUCUUAAAGGAAGCACAAUGGAAUUACAAUAAACAUAUACCUACGUUUGAUGAGUAUCUUAGUACUGGAUGGAUUUCAUCAUCUGGACCACUUCUACUUGUUCAUGCCUACUUUCUGAUGGCUAAAAAUAUUACAAAUGAAUCUAUAGAAUGCUUCAACAGUUACCCUGCUCUCUUACGCUACCCAUCCACAAUUUUUCGUCUGUCCAGUGAUUUAAGUUCCUACAAGGCCGAGACUGAGAGAGGUGAAACUGCAAAUGCAAUUUCAUGUUACAUGCAUGAAAAUGGUGUCUCUGAGGAAGUUGCUUGUGAAUACAUAAAGAGUUUGAUUGAUGAGAAUUGGAAGAUGAUGAAUAAAGAAUUGGUAUCGCAUUCCCUCUUCGAAAAGCCCUUCAUUGAAAUAGCUAUAAACCUUGCUCGAAUAGCUCAAUGUCAAUACCAGUACGGAGAUGCUCACAGUGAUCCCAAUGUCGAAUCGAUAAAUCGAGUUUUGUCAGUUAUUAUUGAACCCAUUCAAUUGAUAUAACCAUAGAACUACAUAUAAAAUGAGAUAAAAGAUAGUUAAUUCCAAGUAAAAUUGUUGAGAAAAGAUUAUUAUCUUUUUCAAGAAGAAUUAAUAAAGUGUGAUGCUUCAAAAUCAGUAUUCGAGCGUUGGGUAA